AUGACAAAUUAUAUUAAUUAUUUCCAUAUUCCAGAAAUUGAAAAUUUAGACAUAAAUUCUACUGUUUUAAAUCCUAUCCCAAAUGAAUUUAAUAUAGAAAAUGUUUAUCAAUUUAUAGAAAAGGAUUUGUUGCUUCUUACAAAUUCAAUUUUAAAUGAACUAUCGAAAAAUCAAGAAAAUGACUCUCUUUUAAAUAAAAUUUCUUGUUUAUUAUUUAAUUUAAAGGGAAAAAAAACAAGACCAACAGUUAUAUUUCUUUUAUCCAAAAUACUUGAAAAUGAAAAGACCAAAAGUAAUAGUUUCUUAAAGUUGGCAAUGGUUGCAGAGAUGUUCCAUACUGCUAGUUUAAUUCAUGAUGAUGUUAUAGAUGGUUCUGAUACAAGAAGAGAUGAAAAGACUGUAAACACGUUGUAUUCCAAUCGAAUGGCUAUUACUGGUGGUGAUUUUAUAUUAUCCAAAUCAAUGGUUAUAUUAGGUUCAAUAAGAAAUGUUCGUGUUGCUAAAUCAAUGAGUAAUGUACUGGGUGAUUUGGUUGAUGGUGAACUCCUACAGCUGCAGGGUAAUGGACUUUCUUUUGAGAAAUAUCUACAAAAAUCAUAUUUAAAAACUUCGUCAAUGUUUUCUAAUUGUUGUAAAUCUGUUGCUCUUCUUGGUAUUCAUGAUGAUGAUGAUGAUAUUGGUUCUUCUAUAAAAAUAGAUGAAAAAACUGUUGAAUUAUGUUUUCAAUUUGGUACCUAUAUUGGUAUUGCAUUUCAAAUAAUUGAUGAUCUAUUAGAUUUUACUAUAUCAUCUUCAUCACUUGGUAAACCAUCAUUAGCGGAUCUACGUUUGGGAAUCGCUACAGCACCUGUUCUGUUUGCUACACACGAAUUCCCAGUGUUGGAGGUGCUCAUCAAUCGAAAAUUCUCAGAGAAUGGUGAUGUUGAAUUAGCUACUGAUCUAGUCUAUAAAAGUAAAGCUUUAGAAUUAACAAGAGCUCUUGCUAUUCUGUUUUCAUUGGAUAGUAGUAAUAAUUUUAGUAUGAGUGUUAGUAGUGAAGAAAGUAUUAGUAGUUCCGAUAAUAGUACAACCAGUAGUAGUAGUAAAGAUGAACUUAAUAAUAAUGUUACAACUACGACAACAGUGAACUCUGCAGAAUCAAAUAUAGAACAAUCAUCAUUUCAACCAGAUGAAGAUCUUGUUGGUACUAGAUUUGAAAUGGCAUUACCAUAUAAAGAGUCAAGUAAUAUCAGUGACACGGAAAUAGUGAUCGAUAAUUACGAAAUCAUUCGUUACGAAACGAAAUCUACAAAGCAAGUAAAGAUUACAGAGUUCAACUAUGUGGCGUUGGAUGAAGAAGACACAAACUAUACCUACCAUAUCAUUGGUUAUAUCAAACGAGAUGGACAUCCAAACAAUAAACAGUUGAUCAAGAGUGUAUACUAUGAAGUUAGUUUACAGUAUGACUUGAGCAACAAGAAAUCAUGGUGUUACUUUGUGCAUCUCGUGAAACCACACAAGCAAUGGUUGAAAUUGGGUACUCCACACCCUGCAUAUCAUAGUAUAUACGAAGGCUUUCAAUUACUAUUCCUACAGGUGAUGCAUACAACAGACUACUUUAUGAAAUUCAAAGGACAAGAAAAGAAAUCAUCCGCAUCACUUUAUGAAGGACUUACAAAUCAUUUAAAGAAUAAUAUACCUCAUUAUAAAGAUGGUGAUAUCGAUAGAAACAGAACCUAUAUUUUAAAUUAUGUUGAUGAUUUGGUUGAUGAAGAACAUAAACCUAGAGUAACAAGAUUAUUUCAAGAAAUUAAAGCAAGAGAGUCAUAUAUUAACCAAUACCAAAGAUAUACGCUGUCUCAUUUUUUUGGAGAAAACAAUAUCAAAAAGAUACCACACUCUACAACUGUAGAAUCAAAACCAAUUAACUUUAAACGAACUAGACUGGCAGACAUUGAAUUUAAUGAAGUCGAUGUUGCAAAACAAACAAAGAAACAUUUUCAAGCGAUUGAAAUAAACAUGUCGAAUGCAGUUCCACCAAAACAUAUUCUGAUUUCAGAGUUACCUAACGAUAUAUAUAAUGUAAAUCAAUAUGAUUAUGCAUAUGAUGCCAAAUGUGUUAACAACACUGAAAACAACACUCCAACAGGCACAGAUAUUUCUUCUCUCGACCAUACCGAUUUUAACAUCGAUGUUCUACCGUUUUUAGAGUGCAGAAUGUGUCGAGAUUGCAUACAGUUGAAUGAAGCAAUGAUUUAUUCUCCGGUUGUGCCUAUCAAUCCACAUUCAAUAGAAUCAAUGAACAAUUACAUUUUGCACUUGGAAGCUCACAAGCAGCACAUAGUAAACAAUGAAUUAGAGUCUGAUCAUUUUGUAAAUAUUCAAACAAGAGCAAUGGUUAAUCAGUUCAGAGUUAGGUCGACUGUCGAAGCAAUUCAUGAGGUAGCAAAUAAUGAAUCAUUAUUUUCAUCAUCAUCAUCAUCAUCAUCAUCAUCAUCAUCAUCAUCAUCAUCAUCAUCAUCAUCAUCAUCAUCAUCAUCAUCAUCAUCAUCAUCAUCAUCAUCAUCAUCAUCAUCAACACACUCAGAAUCAACCAACUACAAAGAAAAAAAACAUCAUAAAGAAAAAGAUAAAGAUAGCAAACCUCUGGUUUAUAGUUGGCCAAAAACUACAACAAAUAUAUCAAAUCAAAGUAUAGAUUUAGAAUAUAAAGUUUGUUUUAUUCUUUAA